AUGGGUUCUUCGGUAGUUUCUCGACUUGUUGGUAUGAAGUACCCCGUUGGUGUUAUGUCUCAAAAGGAUGAUGUUGAAGAUGAAGUCAAGAAAGCUACAAAGCGAAGAAAAAUGGAAAUUUUAGAACUCAAGGAUCAAGAUGGUGCAAUAGAUUCUGCUAAGUUGAGAGAGUUGUCUCCAAUUGGAAAAGAAAAAGAGGGUACUUAUGAUGUCAGAAUUUUUUACUGUAGGGAGUAUGCCUUCAGAAUACGAGAGUUUUUGGGAGAACAAAUUUGCGUAGUUCCCGUUGCCUUUCCUGGAAGAAGAAGCAACUUAAACAUUGAUAAAAACGAAGGCACUUCAAAAUGA